ACUCAAUUUUUGAGAGACUUAUGGCGUAAUUUUGUUUUCUCAUUUUUUUGUUUUUUUCUUUUACACUUAGUAGUUUGUAGAAUUGUCUCGCUCAAACACAUUUGUAAGCACAGCUUGUUUAAUAGUUAUUUUUAUUUAUUUAUUUGUAAGGUUUUAAAUUGUAAGUUGGUUUUAAAUUGAAAAUUUGAAUAUACUGUUACGACGAAUUCUAAGUUUUAUUUUUAUUUUUUCACAUAAAAAUAGGAAUUCAUAACAAAUCCACUUUCUUUAAGAACAAACUAGCAGCCAAUUUACACUCUCACUACACUUCUACGUUCAAUUUCAUUCAUAUCCAAAUAUGUCAGGAGGUUGUAGUUGCUUUCCUGUAACUCUUGAUCGUUCUCGUAAAAGUAGUUUCAAAUCAUCCAAGUCGUCUAAGAGUGGUUCGCCCAAAGUGAAUUCAUAUGAGGCAAGAAUCGAGAUCAAAACCAAAACCAAAACCAUUGAAAGUUCAUUGGUUGUUUGUUUUGGUGAGAUGUUGAUUGAUUUUGUGCCAACGGUUUCUGGAGUUUCUCUUGCAGAAGCCGAAGCUUUCAAGAACGCUCCUGGUGGAGCUCCUGCUAAUGUUGCUGUUGGGAUUUCCAGACUAGGAGCCUCAUCGGCUUUCAUUGGCAAGGUUGGUGAUGAUGAAUUUGGACACAUGCUUGCUAAUAUUUUGGAAGAGAACAAAGUGGACAAUUCAGGCGUAGUGUUUGACUCAAAUGCCAGGACUGCAUUGGCAUUUGUUACCCUGACUCAUGAGGGUGAAAGAGAAUUCUUGUUUUUCAGGAAUCCAAGUGCUGAUAUGCUUCUGACCGAAGCAGAACUCAAUGUAAAUUUAAUAAAAAAGGCAGGUAUAUUUCACUAUGGGUCAAUAAGUUUGAUUGAUGAGCCCUGUAGAUCAGCUCAUUAUGCUGCUAUGAAAAUGGCUAAAGCUUCAGGUUGUCUCCUCUCUUAUGACCCGAAUUUGAGAUUACCUCUAUGGCCAUCUUCAGAGUCUGCUAGAGAAGGCAUUAAGAGCAUUUGGGACCAAGCUGACAUAAUUAAGAUUAAUAAGGAAGAAAUUGAAUUCUUGACUGAAGGUGAUGAUCCUUGUGAUGAUACUAUGGUGAGGGAGAAACUAUUUCACCCUAAUCUUAAGCUUUUGAUUGUAACUGAAGGCACACAAGGGUGCAGAUAUUACACGAAGGAGUUUAAUGGGCAUGUUCCUGGAGUUAAAGUUACUCCAGUUGAUACCACUGGUGCUGGUGAUGGUUUUGUAGCUGGAGUACUGAGCAUUUUGGCUUCUGACUUGAAUCUGUACAAGGACGAAAAGAAGUUAAGGGAAGCUCUCCUAUUUGGGAAUGCAUGUGGUGCGCUGACUGUGACAGACAGAGGAGCCAUACCUGCACUGCCCACAAGAGAGGCUGUCCUUCAAAUUCUUGAAAAAAAUUAAGCAUGUGAACGAGUUACAUGAUUGAGUAACUUGGAGAGCUUUGUUCUUUUUCUCUUUCUUUUUUGUUUAGGAACAAACUAGGAUUUUUGAGAGAAUCAUUGCUAAUCUCUCACUAAAUAAAUCUGUCACAUUGUGCAACAGAUAUUAUAUUUAGCUUCUGAACAAAUUAGUGUUUACUUUUUUUAUGUUUAUUGAGAUUACUUUCCAAA